CUUUUAGCAGGCGCAACGGGACAGCGUGGCGCAAUUAGCCUUUAAUGGGAGCCUCAAAUUUACGCCGGGAUUUGUUCUUGUUUUUGGGCCGAUGGCACAGACGCAGCCAUCGCUGAUCCACCUCCGACCCCCCGCUGUCUCCCACGUCCACAUCCGCCGUUCGCCCACGGUGCGCGCGCUCGCUGACCUCUAAUUAACGGCCUCGUCGGCCCGUUCGUUCCCGUCCGGGUUCACGCCGAGUGGAACCACCGAGCGGGGAAAGUGACGGCGUCGCUCCUUCUCCCGUGGUGUAACUGCGCUGAGUUCACCUGUCACAAGUCCGUACAGGUGGAUCUCCACCUGUCGUGCGAGCCGAGCAGCCUGUUAGAAUAAGAAGGAACCCGUGGAGCCGACGGGGCGGUUCAGUGUUUGAUUUUGCCAUAAGCUCCAACAGUGCUGCGGAGGCUGUUAAUAAUAUUUGUUCAGGAAUAAGACCUGGAUCUCGGCACCUGGAGGGAGCUGUCAGCUGAAGGGGACGGAGGGAUCUAAAUCCACAGUAAGCGGGCCGUCCUGGUUCUCCAGAAUGACCCGGGCUACGGCGGCCAGCGCCGGCCCUUCACCACCGAAGACGAAGCCUGGAAGUCGUUCCUGGAGAACCCGCUGACGGCCGCCACCAAGGCCAUGAUGAGCAUCAACGGCGACGAGGACAGCGCCGCGGCUCUGGGCCUGCUGUACGACUACUACAAGGUGCCCAGGGAAAAGAGAACAAUACCCCCGAGCAAGCAGGAAUCACUGGUCUCUGAUGUGGAUCACAACAAAAGACACCAGAUGCAGCCGGGACACUCCAUCGCACCCCUGCAAGACAGCGUAAUGGAGAACCGGAUCCAGGUCCUGAAGGGGCCCUUCAAUAUCCUUCAGCUGGCCCCAGACAAGAGGGCCCAGUUCCCGUCACCAGACACGACCGUCACCGUUUCUAUUGCCACAGUGCCAAACUACGUCAAGUCAGAGGUGCCCACCCACGGCUUCUCCGUGACCGUGCCCAACAACUGUGCCGAGACCGACAGCCACGUGGCCGCCUUCGAGCGCCAGCUCGCCCACAACACGCCCCCAGACUCCACGUUCUCCGAGAGUUUCAAGGACGGUUCCCAGGAGGUGUUUUCCUUCCCAGGGGAUCUCCAGUUACGUAUGUCGUCCAUGACGCCCGAGGACUACCCUCCGUUCGACACCAUGCAGGGGAAUAAUUUCGAGUACACUCUGGAAGCGUCCAAGUCUCUACGUCAGAAAACGGGCGACGGGACCAUGACGUACCUCAACAAGGGCCAGUUUUACCCGAUCACCCUCAGGGAGAUUGACAACAAAGGCAUCCAGCAGCCCAUCACCAAAGUCAGGAGCGUUGUGAUGGUGGUGUUCGGCGAGGAGAAGUGCCGAGACGAUCAGCUGAAACACUGGAAGUACUGGCACUCGAGGCAGCACACGGCCAAACAGCGAUGCCUCGACAUCGCUGACUACAAGGAGAGCUUCAACACUAUUGGCAACAUUGAGGAGAUUUCCUACAACGCCAUCUCCUUCACCUGGGACACCAACGAGGAGGCCAAAAUCUUCAUCUCCGUGAACUGCCUGAGCACCGACUUCUCGUCUCAGAAGGGGGUGAAGGGGCUCCCUCUGAACCUGCAGAUCGACACCUACAGCUACAACAACCGCAGCAACAAGCCCAUCCACCGCGCCUACUGCCAGAUCAAAGUCUUCUGCGACAAGGGCGCCGAGAGGAAGAUCCGAGACGAGGAGAGGAAGCAGUCCCGCCGGAAAGGGAAGGUGGCUGACAUCAACGCUGGCAUGGGCUUUGUGGAUGUCAAAGGUCCCAUCCUUCAGAAGCGCAACGACGUGACCAUUUUCAAGAUGAUGACGGACCUCGAGACCCAGCCUGUUCUGUUCAUCCCCGACCUUCACCUCUCGACCUUCCAGCGUCAUUCUUUCUCGGCAGAAGACGGCGAGGACAGCAGCUCGGGCAUGAAGCGAUUACCCUUCAGUGACGACGAGUUCGGUUCGCCCCCCAACAAAAUGGCACGAGCGGAGGAGCCGAAGAAAGUCCUGCUGUACGUGCGCAAGGAGACCGAGGAGGUGUUUGACGCCCUCAUGCUCAACAAUCCCACGCUGAAAGGCCUGGUGGAAGCUAUUUCAGAGAAGUAUGAGCUGCCUUUGGAUAAGGUUGGGAAGGUGUAUAAGAAGUGUAAAAAAGGCAUUCUGGUCCACAUGGACGACAACAUCAUCAAACACUACUCCAACGAGGACACCUUCCAGAUCACGAUGGAGGAGCAGGGCGGCAUGUACAAGCUGACCCUCACCGAGAUCUGAGCGGCCGGGGCGGCGCCACAAAGGACGGGUUGAGCCAACAGGAGCGGCGGUUUACACGACUGGCUACGCAGUGAUUGUGGACUUCUCUGAUCUGAAACUUAAACCAUGUUGCAUCCUGUGUUCGUAUCUGACAGGUUUCAAAAAACAAAAAAAACCGCCAAGUUCAAAAAGAGAUAUUUAAAACCCAAUAGCUCUUAAUACGUGUUGAUUAGGUGUAAGUUAUUAUUGUUUCUUUGAUUGUACAUGAGAUUUAAUACUGAGGAUGUAAUUGGUUGUCAAAAUGCCUUUUUGUAUUUACCUCAAGCGAUGCAUCCAGCGGCGCUCCUCGCAUGUUUGGAUUUGAAUAAGGAGUUAAAAGAAAUCAUAUUCCUCUUCCGAAAACUACAGCACUGAUUACAGUCUGCAAAGUUGGGUAUUCAGCCCACAACGAAGACCGAGCCCCAGCGGUUCAGUGUAUUAAUACCAAACAGCUUGGCAGUAUUUAGCAUGUAAAGCCUUCCAUUAUACAAUUAGAAUAGAAGAUGUAAAUGUUGUAUUCUUAGCAUAAGCCAUGUGUUAUUUGUGAAUGAAAUGGCUUAAAGGAUGUUUUUUUUUUUUUUUUUUUUUUUUGUUUCCUCCGAUCAAUUUAUGAGGCCUGUUUGUAAGUAUUACACAGUUUCUUGGUGUGUCGCUAACAAUGCUACGAUGCACGCUCCCUCCCCCCGUAGAGUAGUUUUCUAAGUGCAGAUGAAUUAGGUCAGCAAAUGGAUCUCUGGGACAGAUUGUACAAACCUGUUCUAGAAGUGCAAUAUGAUGUUUAGGUUGAGGAACAAGUCCUCUCAUCGUCAUGACUACAGUAUAUAAGGCAUAUUACUGAGCAGGCAUUUGCUUUUUAAAUGAAAUGUUGUGUAUAUACAGGUAUAUAUAUAUCCACUGAAAAAGGUAAAUGAUGCUUGCUUUUGUAUCUCAGUACUUAUUGUGUAUAUAUUUAUUAAGAGAAUGGAUGAGGGUCAUUUUUAUCAUGUAUAUCCAAGUUUCUGUUUUUCCUUUUUGUAUGAACUUACAUUACAUAUCAGGGGACAAACUCGUUUUUAAUCUUAAAUGUUUUUUUGUAAAAGAUUUUAAUGCUGAUGUUCUGUAUAGACUUUUAUUUGCAUCCCAAAUAGAUUUCUUUAAUUAAAUAACACUGCGUCUGC